UUCGUUUUUCGCCACGGACAAUCAGCACUUAAGUGAAUCCGUACCUACCAACCUCUAACAGCCUUUCCACAUACCUGUCUAUGAGGGUAUGGAACUCGCUUGAGCCUGCGCAUUUGAUGUGUAGGUUCAACGUUUAGUCCGAUUAUUAUAAGCCGUCUUCAAUUCCGCUGGCUGGGUAGUCGACAACUCCAUUCUUACAAUUUUCAAUUUUGAAGAGCCACUGGAACCUUUAUGAGACUGAAAACCCCGUAACUACUCGGGUAGACUGCAGCGCCUAGCCUCUAAAACCAGCUCCUACUUGAGGCAAUAACAACGGCUAAGACCCACGAAGAACAUGGGGCGCCAAGUCAGAACAGGACCGCAUAAUAGGGUUGGGUCCAAGACGGUCGCUCGAUUUAAUUCCAUCCGCACAAACAAACAAGCUCAUCUUCCUGGACCAUGCCGCAAUCCAGAUUGUCCAUAUUGGCCCAAAGCAUUCCAUGGACGCUUUCGCGAUCAACUGGAAAAACCUUUCUCUCCAACAGAGUUCGAAAGGAUGUACUUGGUUCAGUGCCACAGAUGCAUAGAUGACGGUUAUGACGCAGACCCAAAUCUUUGCCGCUACUGUCAGCAUCUUCGUCUCAGCCAUAUCUGUGGCUGUUCAACAGAGAAUCAAAGCACGCAUUUCGUAACCACACGAAAACUGGUUAAUAUAAAGGCCACGAUUAAUUGUUCUUUCUGCCGAGCCAUUACAAAUUCUCUCCAGUAUUGCGAUUUCCUCGAGGAGCGUAAAUUACCCUCUAAUAGAUAUCAGCCCGUUAGACUUUAUUACGACGUUAAAAGUAACAAAUUCGUAAUCCGUCUCAGUCUGGACGGUAACUGGAUGCUGGCAAAAAUCAAUGCAUAUCAUCCCGAACACGAGAACUCCCUGUCGUACAGCGGAAUAGAAUUUGACUGGCUACCACUUUUGCCGACGGUGCAAUGGCCUAGGCUUACGAGAUGGUUGAACCAUUGUGUUGACCAGCAUCAGCAUGAGGACGAGAAAACUGAGGCGAGACAGUUUUCUGAUUUCCGACUGAUUGAUGUAAAAGAGAGAUGCAUCAAGCCAGCGAAAGAACAUUGCAGAUACGCCGCUCUUAGCUAUAGAUGGGGGCCAGUCAAAGCACAUGAUAUUACAAAUAUACAGAGUCGUCGCGAAGAGCUCGAGGCUACCGGCAGCCUAAGCAAAAGCAAUAUCCCGGCUACAAUUGAGGAUGCUUUGACUGUCUGUAAAAAUCUUGAUAUUCCAUAUCUUUGGGUCGAUCGCCUAUGCAUCAUACAAGACGAUGACGAAAGCAAACCCAACCAGAUAAACAACAUGGAUACCAUAUAUUCCAGAGCAUACCUUGUUAUCUGCGCUGCAACCGACCACGGAUCCGACUACGGCCUUGUUGGUGUAGACGGACGCACUAGACCUACUCAAUCUAUCGAGAUUAUAGGUGGGCGCGAAUAUUACACGCCUAGAAAUCAGUUCCAUGGUGAGAUACGGGAUGCCGCCUGGUUUUUACGAGGCUGGACGUAUCAGGAGUUCGUUCUAUCCCGCCGGGCGCUACUAUUUACGGAUUUCCAGGUCAUCUUUUGUUGUUCUACGUCAAUCAAAUUUGAAGCAAUUACUGAAAAACUUGACGAAGAGGUCCUCGCAACUCUUGAAUCGUAUAAGGAUACGAGCAAUAUUUGGCGAGCCUAUAGAAACUGCGUAUCAGAGUACCUCCGGCGCGAACUCACGAACCAGAACGAUAUCCUAAAUGCGUUUUCAGGAGUACUAGGCAAGCUGUACUCAGGAGUACAGAACACUUUUAUGGGAUUGCCUAAACCAGAUUUUGACACCGCAAUUCUCUGGUACACAGAGCCAAUAACAAAAGAUCGAGAAUUUGACGGCACGUACCAGCUUCCUUCAUGGACUUGGGCUUCAAAGGAAUCACUGGACAUCCAGUUCGCGGAUUUUUGCGCUUCACUUACCACCUGGAGUUUCUGGGGCUUCCAAGAAAACCAAUCCGUUCUGACGCUUAUACGAGCUUCUGGGAGUACACUGGAAAGAUGGGACAGAAACUCUGAAGUCCCUGCUUACCUGAUUCAUGCAAUAUCAUUCGGUUGCUUCGAAAGCCUCUCGUCCUCGGAACUAUCACAUAUGGUAUCCGGGAUUUCAAAAGAAAGCUACAAUGAAUUCGCUAAGCAACGGUGGCCUACGUACCAAAGUUUCUGGGAAGAGGUGUAUUCGAAAGAGUAUGAAAAAUGGCUUAUAAAUCUCAUUAGCAGCAACGAAGAGCUUUUUAGGCGUCUUCAUGAAGAUAAACGUCGUCUUGCAGUUCGGACUGCCUUGUCCAAGUUCAGGAUCUUUGCCCGGGAUAUCCACUCAUUUCACAGCACCGACGUAUUUGCAAUACUCAGCAAAAACAAUGAUGCUAUUGGCUUCGGUAGGAUCCCUUACUAUUAUCUUACCGAAAAAUCCAAGGGGCAGACAUUUGAUUUUAUUGCCCUAUCUAUCUGCUACGUCUUUGAACCGAUAUUUGAGAAAAACUCUAAUUACUUCAAGACCUCCAAUGACGAGUUCCGUAAAAUAAAGAAAACUUCGUCAGGCGAUGACCUAUACGAAGUACUUACAGUAAAUGUCAUGAUUCUGGAAUGGGACAAAGGUAUCGCCAAGCGAUUAGGUCUUGGUAAGGUAUUAUUUUCGCAAUGGAUAAAGUGUGAACGCGAGUUUAGGACUAUUAUCCUUGGUUAAAUAUGCUAUCCAAGGCCAUCCUUCCAAGCGGUAUCCGUCAACACAACCUAUUUAUUCCAAGUAUUGCACUAUGAUGUCGUCAUAGUAUUUUGAUUUAUAUUAAUUUAUUUUUACCUUAAGAGUUCCUAUAUAGCCCCCAAGCAAAAAAAAGUUAGCAAGAGCCCCUAACCUAGAUAUUGUGUUAGACUAUCAGGCCCUGUUUCUUCACGCAUUACUCUAUGUUUACUUUGCUUUUUCGUUGUUUCAACACCAUGUCACUCCCCUGCUACCUUCUUUAUGCGGACACAUGGCUGCUCCACAAUAUUUGUAUAUAAAAGGUUUGCUGCUAGUCACUCUAAGAAUUAAGCCGCGU